AUGGAUAAAACUGCUCAUAAUAGUGAAAUUGAAAGACAUGAGUUUGACAACUCUUCUGGCACUGGAUCUGGUGUUGGAGUUGAUCCUGAAAAGACCAUCAACCAUGUGACGCUAGAACUCGAUGACACCAUGACUGAGAGAUCUAAUGAUCUUUUCGGUAUUGUUACAACCGAUUAUAUUCUUUAUCGCAAACAAGCGCUAAUUCAAGAUGCUCUUGAUGAAAUUGGCAUGACCUGGUUCCACUGGAAAGUGCUGAUUCUCAACUCGUUCGGUUAUAUGGCUGAUUCCGCCAUUGUCGUCAUGGCUUCAAUUGUCCAGCCUCAGGUGAAUCUUCAGUUCAACAGAGAAAACGAUAUGAUGCCUGGUGUUUCUACCGCCAUGUCUACUGGUCUGCUUGCAGGUGCUGUGGUGUGGGGUUUGGGUGCUGAUGCCAUUGGAAGACGUUUGGCCUUCAAUACUUCGUUGUUCGUGUGUGCUAUUUUCGGUAUUAUUGCCGGAGCUAUGCCUACUUUCUUGUCUUUCACUGCUAUGGUAGCUAUUUCGUCUGCCGGUGCUGGUGGAAACUAUGCUCUUGACUCGAGUUCGCUUUUCGAAUUCUUGCCAAGUUACAAAGCUCAUUAUGUUACCUUGAUGGCCAAUACCUGGGGUCUCGGUUACUUCAUUUCUGGUAUGUUUGCUUGGGCAUUCAUGUCGGAUUAUUCAUGUCCUGAUGCCUCGAACUGUACCAAUGCUAAUAACAUGGGCUGGAGAUAUCUUUACUACACUGUUGGUGCUUUCAUGUUCGUUCUCGCUGUUUUGAGAGUUGUACUAAUCCGUAUGGUUCAGACCCCUAAGUGGUUGAUCACUCAAGAAAGAGACGAAGAAGCUUGGGAGAUUCUGAAUAAAAUCGCUCUCAAGUACAACCGACCCAUGAGUCUCACUUUGGAGCAAUUAACUUCUGUCGGCAGAAUUGACCGCAGUGAAAUGGACCAGAGCCGCUUUUCCAUCACCAGAAUGUUCAAGCACGUCCGAGGUUUGUUCGUCAGUAAGAAGCUGAUCUACUCCAACGGUUUGCUGCUUAUGAUCUGGAUUCUCAUCGGUUUGGGUGACCCUCUGUACUCUAUUUUCCGUCCUUACUACCUUAAGACACGUGGCUACCAAGACAACACUGUUGCUUCUAACUACAUUACUUGGAGAAACUAUGCUAUUUCGAACGUUUGUGUGUUCGUCGGACCUCUUCUUGCCUGGCCCCUGAUGAACACUCCCUACAUUCGUAGAAAAGGUACCAUGGUCAUUAGUUCGCUGCUGACCAUGGUCUUUUUGUUCGCUUACACCCAGAUCAAGACACCUACUCAGAACCUGGCUGUGUCUUCCAUCAUAUCUGCUGUCGAGAACAUGUUUUUCGCUGCUUUAUACGGAAUCACCCCCGAGCUGCUGCCCACCCACUCCCGAGUGACUGGCUACGGUCUCUUUGUCGCCGUCAAUCGUGUGUGUAACAUCAUUGCCAACGUCAUUGCCGGAGUUGCUGGUGUCAACACUGUAGCCCCCCUAUUUAUUGCCGCUGCUAUGUUCGGAGGUAUCUCGUUGUGUUCCAUCAUCCUGCCCUUCGAGCCUUCCACCAAGUUCGUAGCAUAG